AUUCGGAAGCAGCUGAAAUUCUUCACAAUAUUGGACAAGUUCAACAUCAACUAGGUAAUUAUAGAGAAGCAAUUGACUACAUCAAACGAGCUUUAGUGAUUAUUCAAAAAGAAUUCGGUGAUGAACAUUACAAGUAUGGCAUGUUUCUCAAUUCACUCGGUCUUGCAUAUGCUAUGAUAAACAAUUAUGAAUCGGCUUAUACUCAUUUGACAAACGCUUUACAAAUUCUUCGUAGUUCUCUUGGUGAUGAUCACAUUGAAGUCUGUGAUGUCUAUUCAUAUUUAGGUGAUUGUUGUAUGAAAAUUGUCGUCGAAAUGGGUAAUCCAGCACAAAAUCGACAUGAACAAAAGUCGAAAUUACAAGAAGCUAAAAGAUGUUUUACCGAAGCGCAACGUAUUGUGAAAGCGACAUUCGGUGAAGAUCAUACUAAAGCAAAACAAUUUCUCUCGCUUUUAUUCAUUAUUGAAAAUUAUGAUUCACUAUGA